AUGCAUACACCUCCAUCGAACGUUGAAAUAUUACGUAGGUUACUAGUUCAUUCUGAUGGCCGUGACAAAACCUUAAAAAUCAUCCAAUACUUUGGAAAAAUUAUUCUUUGGAUUCAUGAUCGUAAGGUCUCCAAAGUUAAUCCUGUUAUUUUUCUAUUUUAUCGAAACAAAUAUUUCCUUUCAAGGGUUUCUCCUCGAUUAAAAGCAAUGACCUCACAAUUUAGCACAACACGUAAAAUAAUUCGUUUAGCUCAUUUUCUAGAACCUUAUUCAGAUUUACGUGAAUAUUAUACUGGUGCACGUAAAAUUUCUCGUUCUUCAACUUCAUAUGAAAUAUUUGUUCAUUAUUUAGGAGUUAUCAAUGCAAUUGUUGGUAUAAUGAAUGAUAUAUUCGAUGAUUUAUAUUGUCUUGGUAAAAUUGAAAUUUUAGAUAAAUCAGUUGCAAAAUGGGCAGAGCCCAUUGCGAUUAAACUUUGGUUUUUCAGUAUUUGUUUGGAUAUUCACGAAAUUGUAUUCAAAAUUUUGCAAAUGAAUAAGAAAAUUGUGAAAAUUGAAAAGGCUAAUUCAGAGGAAUUGGAAAAGUGCCAACAUAGGUUAUAUUGGUUAAAAGUUAGUUUAGCUAAAAUUUUUAUGGACUUUUUGUUUUGCGGGUAUGAUUUCUUUGAAUAUACUUUUUCAGAUGGCGUGCAAGCAGUUUCUGGAUUUCUUGCUGGAAUUCUAAGUUUUUAUAAGCUUUGGGAAAAGGAAACGCAAAGGAUUAUGAGUUUUUCAUAA